AUGCCUCUUGGUCAGAUCAAGUUACCUAUCACGUUUGGUGUGCCUGACAAAUUUCGCAUAGAGAAGUUAACUUUUGAUGUCACAGACUUCGAGAUGGCCUACAAUGUAAUCCUAGGCUGCCCAAUGCUGGCCAAGUUCAUGGUCGUGACAUGGACUCUAAGUGUUAGAAGUGUCAAGCCGCCGACAAGAGCAAGGACGGUGUCAAUGACUUCAAGCUCGAGUCUUGCUGAUACUUCCAAGUCCGACGACGCCACCAAAGGUGAGGCCAAUGAGGACGCCAAGGACAAGAAGAAUGGUUGUGAUACCAAGGCAAUGCCCCUCGACUCGUCUGAGCCAACUAAGACGGCCAGGAUUGGGGUUGACCUUGACCCCAAAUAG